AUGUUCAAGUGGGCAGGUGAUGCUCAUGCCUACGACCGUAAUGAUCAACCAUACAUCGAGAUGGUCACUUCCCCCAACAAUCCUGAUGGAGAACUAAGGGGCCAUGUUGUGAAUAAGGCCAAUGGCAUGCUCGUUCAUGACCUUGCAUACUACUGGCCUCAGUAUAUGGCCAUCACAGAGCCUGCUGAUAACAACGUCAUGCUCUUCACCAUCUCCAAAUGCACUGGACACGCGGGGUCGAGGAUCGUGCAGGACCUAAACGUGGCGAAGCGGAUGGUAAAGUUCUUGGAGAUCAGCACCAUUGGGGUGUCUAAGGAAGCUCAACUCAGAUCCAUCAACAUCUUAGAGAUGAUCUCCACUAACAGUUGCCCUAGUAAUUACUCCGAGUUCACGCACUCGGGAUAA